UGUUUUAGGACAUAAACAAAUAGUUCGUGAAAUAUUACGCUUUGUAUGGUAACUACACAGCACCGGGAAAGUAUCGACAUUGUUAGAACUGAGCUAUUGUGCCCACUAGCAAAAACGGAGUUAUCUUUUCAGUUUGAUACUCAAGUGUUUUUCCCCGUUCGUCCUAGGCCUAGGUUCACUUGAGCGGCGGGUUGGUAGUUUCGGAUGAAACGGGCAAUCGGUUUGAAAGAGGCAGGUUCGGUUAGGCGAGUGAAUGACGAUUAGCAAGCUAACUUAGGUCGAUCUUUGCAUCGUUGUACAGAAAUAAUAUUUUGAAUAACCACUUUAAAAUGUAUGAAACUUAACUAGCUAGUUGGGAUUUGAAUAGCUACCUAGGUAACAAGCUAACUUGUUAAAUGAAACUGAGUAUGGUAGCAGCUAACGCUAGCUACACAUGCUAAUCUAGUUUAGAUAUAGCUAGUUAGUUAAGGUGAUCCGAAAUAUAUAACUAACGUUACAAUAAGCUACCGUAGUUAUCUAAAUCAUAACUAGCGGGUUGAAAAUAGUGGAAUCCUAUCAAAACACAGCUAGCUAGCGUGUGACGUUGUCAUUGUUUUGACAGCAGCACCAGGCUGGAGCGAGUUUACAGUAUGCCAGAGUUAUAGCAUGGAUCCAGACAGUGAGCCGGAUACACAACGAGCUCUCAGUUUGCAAUGGAAGAGCUAUAAGCUCGUCCAAGACCCAGCCAUCCGGAGGGUUAACAACAAAAUAUACCGAUAUGAUGGGGUGCAUUUCAGUGUGCCGGACUCGGGGUUCCCCCCAGUGGGAGAUUUGCGGGACCCUCGACCUCGUAGAAUCUGGUCCAGGCACACAGAGAUGGCCCUGCCAGUACCCAAGUUCAAACUGGAUGAGUUCUACGUGGGCCCCAUUCCCCUCAAGGAGGUGACCUUCGCUCGCCUCAAUGACAACAUCAAGGAACCCUUCCUGGCUGAGAUGUGCGCAAAGUUUGGAGAGGUGGAGGAGAUGGAGAUAUUGUUUCACCCCAAGACCCGUAAGCACCUGGGCCUGGCCCGCGUGCUCUUCACCAGCACCAGGGGGGCGAAGGACACGGUCAAACACCUGCACAACACCUCCGUCAUGGGUAACAUCAUUCACGCUCAGCUGGACAUCAAAGGCCAGCAGAGGCAGAAGUAUUAUGACCUGAUAGUGAGUGGCUCCUACACGCCCCAGACUGUGCCCACAGGAGGCAAGGCCCUGACAGAGCGGUUCCAGCCCCCAGCGCCAACACAACCAGACACGUCGUCAGAUAUCAGGCGGAGACUGUCCUCUGAGAUAGCUGGCCUGGCUGUGGGCUUGGCUGCAGGGGUACCGGCUCUCACCCCUGGGAGCACCACCCCCUGCUCUGUGGACACAGGCUUCAGUGAGCAGCGUCUAGACACGACCCCCUCCUCCAUGGGGGGGCCCUACACCCCAGGCUCCUCCGCUUCCUCGCAGGGAGGAGGAACGCCCUACACCCCUCGCUCUGUCUCACAGGACUCGGGCUACGCUGUUGCCAGACAAGUUGGAUACAGUGCUGGCCCAUUGACCAGUGGCUACCCUCCCCAGGACAUGCUUCCCUCCUCCUCCUGCUCCUCUACCGUCUCCUCCUCAGUCGGGGCAUACAAAGCUCCCCGGUACUCGGAGGACCCCCAUGCACCCCCUCAAGACCCCUACCAAAGGUGUCGCCCCACAUACCCCCCUACCGGCCCUUUCCGUCCUAACGAGCCCCCGCUCUACCCCACAUACCCAAACACUGGAGGGGCUGGACAGCACAUGGCACACCACCCUGCAAUGCCUCCCCCACCUCUUGCACCCCAGUACGAGCAGCCUCCUCUGGCAGACCGGGACAGAGAGAGGGACAGAGAGCGGGACAGGGACUCAGGAGGGCGGUACGGUGCCAGUGGGAUUGGCUCUAGAAGGUCAUCUUACCAGGAGGUCAACUCUUCCUCCAAGUAUUCCCACCACUCGCAUCACUCAGAGAGGGAGAGGGGCUACAGACGGGACAGCCUGGGCUCCAGAGAACACGGCAGACACCGUAACCACCACUCACACAAUCACAGCAGCAGUAGUAGUAGUAGUAGUAGCAGCAGCCGGCGACGGAGCAGCCACGACCGAGACAGCAGGGAGAGGGACAGAGACAGCGACUACUCAAACAGCUCCGACCCCAGAUUCAACUCCAACUCCCACCGCUCCUCCUCCAACAGCCUGUCCCCGCCUCCAUCUGCCUACCCCUCCUACUCCUCCUCCAAAGACCAACCCCCUCCCCACAACCCCUCUGUCUCCUCCCGCCUAGAGCCCUCCUCAGUGUAUCGUGCCCAGCCUAGUGGUGCUGGUUCUGGGGAGAGGGGGUCUGUGUCUGACAAGGACCCCCGAUCCCACCACACCCCUCUGCCGCCCCCUCCACCACCUCCCCUCCCCCCUGCCUCUGUGAUAGCGGCGGCUGUAGCAGAGACGCUCAGCACUCUUGACUUUGGCCAGGAGAGCCCAGUCAGAGAGGAGACGUGGACCAAGCCCAAACGCCAGCCCACCACCCCACCUCCCCCUCCUCAGCAUCCCUCCACCCCUCCCUCUUCUCCACCCCACUCCUCCAUCGCUUCCUCCUCCACUUCACCCUCCUCCACCUCCCUCCCACACCAUCUCCCCUCCUCUACUUCCCUCUCCCCACCCCCCCAGCGAGACUCCUCCUCCCCGGAGCCAGAUUCCACCAAUGAGAGCCUGCCAUUUGUCUACCACAGCAGCAGCUUAGACUCUCGUAUUGAGAUGCUCCUGAAAGAGCAGAAAGCUAAGUUCUCCUUCCUGCCCUCCGAUGAAGAUGAGGAAGAGGACAGGAAGGACGAAAGGCAGAGAGAGAAGGUGGCAGCAGCAGGAGAGGGAGGAGCAGGGAAGGGAGGAGCAGCAGGCGAGGGCAGGAGCAAUAAGCAGAGGGAGCAGGAUGGGGAGAAAGACAGGCGGAGGAGACAAGGAGGAGAUGGUGGAGGCCAGCAGAGGAGGAAAGGAGAGAGGGAUAGAGACGGCCGUAGAGGGAGGAAGCAGAGAACGGGGGGAGAGGGGAGGAAGAGUCCCACUGUAGUAGCACAAGCUACCCCCUCCUCCUCCUCCACCUUCUCACCCCGCGUCCCCACCACAGAUGACCAUACUAGUCUCCAUGGAACAGGACCUCUGCAGGAGGAGACAGCCCAACCUGAGCCUAUUGAUCCAAGGACCAGACAAGGGGCACAGACACCCCCCUACAACGGAAAGAGUCAGUCAUCCCCUCAUUCCUCUGGGGAAGACAUGGAGAUCUCCGACGAGGAUGAAGAACACACCAUUACAGCAGUGACCACCCACCACGCCACUCCUUCCUCCGUCUCUUCUCCAUCUUCAUCCCAGGCCCCCCUGCCCUCCCAGACAGACCCCUCUGCCUCCCCCACUGACCCCACACAGCACUUUGGCACGUCCAUGCCUGCUCCACCCAUCCCCUCUUACCCCCCUCACCUCCCUCCCCCGGGCUUUUCCCUGCAGCCCCCUCCACCCCCCUGCAUCCCCCCACCGCUGGGCCACAUGGAGCUGCACUCUGAGUACCCUCCUCCCAUGCCCCCACACAUGUAUGACUAUGCCAGCAGUAUGGAGCUUAUGAACCAGUACAGUGGCGGAGCCCCCAUGUCCUUCCAGAUGCAGACCCAGAUGCUGAGUCGGCUGCACCAGCUGAGGAUGUCCUCUAAUGGCACCGCUGCCCCUGGCGACGCCCCCCCUUCAGACUACUACCACUCCAUGCCCCCUCCCCCACACACCCACCACCCCUACAUGGACCAAGAAGGGGGUGGCUAUGAGCAGGACCAGCACUACAUGCCCUCCCACAUGCCCUACGCCUACCCUGGCCCCUCUCAGAUGCCCCACCACCACGCCAUCCCCCCUCCACACACGGGCUGGGCCCCGCAUGUCUUACCCGAACACUACGCGUACCACACCCCUCCGCCCUAUGGGACUAUGCCUCCUGUGGGGGGAGAGGCCCAGUACGGGGCGGAGGGGGACCCCCAAAUGCCCCUGCUAACAGAGAACCCCCACGAGGCCACAGUGCAGCUGGUGCUGGCCACCCUCAUCCAGGAGAUGAAGAGCAUCAUGCAGAGGGACCUCAACCGCAAGAUGGUGGAGAACAUCGCCUUUGGAACCUUUGACGAGUGGUGGGAGCGCAAGGAGACCAAAGCCAAGCCGUUCCAGACCAUGGUUCGGGGUGUGGCUGCAGUGAGGGACGAGGACAAGAAGGAGGAGAACAAGGCCAGCAGCAAGCCCCGGGAGCCCCUCAUGUCUCUGGUGGACUGGGCCAAGAGUGGAGGAAUGGAAGGCUUCUCACUGAGAGGGGCGCUACGACUUCCCUCAUUCAAGGUGAAGAGGAAAGAACCUCUGGAGCUAGCAGAGGUAGGAGAGAUGAAGAGACCCAAGACACCACCAGAGGAUGACGACGAAGGUGAGCUUUUCAUCAAUGACCCCCUCCUUUGGGAAUCCCUUUGGGGAUUUGUCACCGACUGUCUUUGUGUUUCCUAUGUUUGCUCACCUUCUCUCUCCUUCUCCCCCCCAGACUCGUACCAUGACAAGGGUCUAGAGGGAAGAAUGGCAGAUGGGGAGGGCCACAGGGCUGAGAGGAACAGCAGGCGGAGGAAGAAGAAGAUGAGAAGUCGGAAACCUUGGGACCUGGACAGCGAAGGAGAAGAGACUUCUGACGGUUCUUCUUCAGAUAAGGAGGACGAGGAGGGAAGUGACAAGGGGUCAGAAGAUGAGGCCUUGAGUGCGGACAGCGAUGAUGAGAGCCUCUCCUCAUCCACAGAGAGUUCUUCCUCCUCAACAUCAUCAUCCUCCUCUUCCUCUGAAGACGAGGAGGAAGGAGAGCAGGCCGGCAGUGGACUGGACACCAUGGAUGAGUCUACGAUGGACAGCACAGCUCUGGAUACAGAGAAGGGGGAUGACCGAGAAAAGUCUGCAGCUGCUGUUCCAAAAGCACCGCUCAGCGCCGAGAUCAAAGCUGAAAUUGCUGCCAGCAAGAAGGAUUCAUCAACACUCAGCUCAAACGCUCGUCCUCCAGCCCCCCGCCCCUCCUCCCCAAUUGUCAUUGUGCCUCCUCUCAAGAAGCGAAGGAAGACCGUCUCGUUCUCUACCAGGGAGAGCGACUACAAACCCCACCUUCCAAUGGUCCCCUUGUCCCCACCUCCCUCCACUGCCUCUCCUCUCUUGUCCCACAUGAAAUCUCACCUUCCAGACUCCAUUUUCAUCGCCUCCACACCUGGAACCACCCCCUCCAAGACUCUCUCACUCCUCCCCUUUGCCUCCAAACCAGGCGAAGGCAAUGCCCUCUCUCCCUCCCCUGUUCUCACUGUUCCCUCGCCUGUACGCCCAGAAGACUCAAAAAAGAGCCCUGUCCCUCUGGUGUCCCCCCCAAUCACCCCCACCAAGUCCCCCAACAAACGGGGGGCCUCCCCCAAAUCUCCCGCUCCAGUGUGGGUGUGUCGCACCGUGCAGAACCUCCCCCUGGACCACGCCUCCAUGGUCAAGAUGGUCUUCGAGGAGGCCCCGCCCCCUGUCACAAAGGGCCGGGGCAGGGGACGCCCCAGAACUGUCAGCCUGUCGACCCCCACCCCUCUCCCCUCCUUCCACACCCUCAGAGAGGAGGAGGAAGAGGAAGGACUGCAGAGGCUGAGACUCAGUGAGCAGCUGGGAGCAUCCAGCCUGCUACAGCUGGGUUCGGCCCCCACGGCUGAUCUGUCUGUCCUGGCUGAUGUGGCCCUGAAGCUGGACCCAGACGCUGGAGACUCAGAGGAGACGGAGACGUCAGACGAGGCAGAGGAGCAAAAGAUGGAGGAGGAGAUUCUCCUCUCUCCCAAAGCCCUCCCCCUGGUUAUGGACCCACAGGGACUGUCUGCCCUGCAGGAACACAACUAUUCCAAAGCCCCCUUCCACCUCAUCCCUGCCCAAAAGAGGAGUGUCUCCAAACAGGAGCCUGGGGUGCUCCUCCCUGCAGACUUCAACCAUCACGCCAUCUCUGGGGUGCUGGAAGCUCCUGAGGAGGUCAUAGGGGAACCCCUGCCCUCUAGGGAGAAACACCAGGGUGAGUGUCUGUCUGGCAUGGGGCUGCUGUGUGAGGAUGGAGACAUGGCCAAGGCCUUUGUGCUGACACCUCUCACCCCAUCAGCCAAGAGGAAGGGAAUGGCGGCGAGGGAGAGCGAACUGGAGGAGAUGGGGAAAGAGAAGAACAAGAAGAGGAGGAGGAAAGAUAAGGAAAAUCUGGAGUUGCAGCAAACGAAAAAGCAGAAGGAACACCAGACCAAGAAACAGAAGAGGAAACUAGAGGAGGUGGACCUGGAGGAGGAUGUGGACGUGGAGCAGCUGGAGCCGGGUGAGCUGUCUAACACAGAGGACGAGGAAGAUGAAGAGUGGGAUGAUGUGAGGAAGAGCGAGCGCCUCUUCCUCCAGGAGGCCGGGUUGACUUCGUCGCAGCGUUGGCCCAAGCCCAUCCCUGCCCCGGAGCCCGUCACGUUUGACCAGCGCAGCGAGUUUGAGCAGAUGACCAUCCUGUAUGACAUCUGGAACUCUGGUCUAGACAUGGAGGACAUGACGCUGCUGAAGACGACCUACGAGAAGCUGCUGCAGGACGACCACAGCACCGACUGGCUCAACGACACACACUGGGUCCACCACACUGUUACCAACAUCCCCAACCCGCGGCGUAAGAAGAAGAGUGCAGACGGGCAGCUGCGGGAGCACGUGACAGGCUGUGCCAGGAGCGAGGGCUACUACGCCAUCAGCAGGAAGGAGAAGGAUGUCUACCUGGAUCUGGAACUGCCUGAGCAGGCCCUACUGGAGGCUGCCGACUACGACGCCUCGGGCUCAAACCGGCUGCUGUCAGAGAGACGGUCGGAGCAGCGCCGCCUCCUCAGUGCCAUAGGCAUCCCUGCAGUCAUGGACUCUGACCUGCUCAAACUCAAUCAGCUCAAGUUCCGUAAGAAGAAGCUUCGAUUUGGCCGCAGUAGGAUCCAUGAAUGGGGCCUGUUCACCAUGGAACCCAUUGCUGCUGACGAGAUGGUCAUUGAGUAUGUGGGCCAGAAUAUCAGACAGAUGGUGGCUGACAACAGAGAGAAGCGUUAUGCCCAGCAGGGCAUUGGGAGCAGCUACCUGUUCAGAGUGGACCACGACACCAUCAUUGAUGCUACCAAGUUAGGCAACCUGGCACGCUUCAUCAACCACUGCUGCACUCCUAACUGCUAUGCAAAGGUGAUCACCAUAGAAUCCCAGAAGAAGAUCGUGAUCUACUCCAAGCAGGCCAUUGGCAUGAAUGAAGAGAUUACCUACGACUACAAGUUCCCUCUAGAGGAAAAUAAGAUUCCCUGUCUGUGUGGAACAGAGAACUGCCGUGGGACGCUCAACUAGAUAUCACAGCAUGACCACUCUCACACUGAGGUGUGGCAGUGCCCCGUUUCAGUCCCUCCUGUCCCCCCUCCACAACCCCCGACUAUAACCAAGAACAAAGCCACACCCACCACCAACAGCCCCCCUCCUGACCCCAAAGCCCACCUGCUCCUCCAGACUGUCAAACAGUUGUCUGUACCAUAUCCAGAAAACAGAGAGACAUGUAACGUUUGCACUGUUCACAUGCUUUAAUUUACCUGGGGUUAUGGUUUAUUAUCUUAGGGGCUGUGAGACUCUCCUUCCCAGGGGUGUGAUUAAUAAUCGGGCCCCCUCUCCUGUACCCCAAACCCUUGAAAUGCAGCAGUAGUCUCCGCUGUAGCAGGAUUUAAUAACUUAGGACCACUUGUUCCCGUUCGAUCAAGGGUGGCCAUUCCCCCCCCCCCCCCCCCCCCCUGCCAACAGCCUUUCCUUGGAAUAGAGAAUGCAACCGUAACCUAUCAGAACUGGUCUGUGCCUCCGCACAGAUAGGGUGUGGUCCGAAAGCUCCCGCUAACCCAAACUCUCUACCCACACACACACCAAUCCGCACAUAGACGCACAGGAUUUACAAACAUAUUCAGGGUUUUAAAGGCGCUCGUUCGCAGCGCAGUUUUAGUUACACACUCUAAUCCAUUGGGACUUCAGUUAUGCAAGAUUUCCAAACAUGAAGAUUGUUUGAGCUUUGUCAUUUUAUAGUAUUGCAUAUUCUUAUUCUUGUUCUGAUUUAGUUGCGUGAGCUGUAGGUGGGUGUGUGACUCUCCCCUCACCAGUUUGUUUGGAUGAGAGACCAUAGACUUAAAUGCUAAAUAAGAACAAAUCAUUUGUAGAUCAAAUAGUGUGUGGCGUCACAUCAGUUUAUCUUUAAAGCUUAAGAUGGCUGCUGAGUUUUAGUCUGCAGGUUUAUCUCAAUUUGGAAUGCUUUGUUUGUUCCUUUUACGUUCCCCUUUCCCCAUUGUGAUGUUGUCCCUCCUCACGUUAGGAAGCAGAGAAAGGACCUGACCCGUGUGUAUCUGUGUUAAGAGAAUGUAUUCUUACGGGAGCGAGUGAUUUUAUUCCUGUCGUGUGAAUGUGCUCUCACUGUCAAUUAGAAGUUUUGUGCUAUUGAACAACCUGCAAAUGUCAGGUUGUCUGCGCUUUUUGUAUGACAUGGUCAAGGCACACUGUCAGAAACUGUUUCUAUGAAAUCUCCCUUAUUUGGCAAACCAUUACAGACAAAUCUGUUCAAAAAAUGUUUUUAAUUUAAAUGUAACCUUUAUUUAACCAGGCAAGUCAGUUAUUAAGAAUUUUUAUUUUAUUUACAAUGAUGGCCUACCCGGAUGAUGC